AUGGCCAACCACUCUUCCCACGACUCCGAUCCCUUCGCGGAUCAUGCUACCAUAGAGGAUGAAAGAGAAACCAUUGUCGAGUCCACCCUUAGUGUUGGUCGCAAUGCCACCCUGACUCUCGGCACCGAUUCUGUGAUAGUCCUAGAUGAGGGGAUCAGUGAAGGAACCACAAACACCCGUUCCAUUCCCUACUUCAACAUUCUCUGGGCCGAAGUAGUCAAGAACGAUCUCACCAUCCGGUAUGCCAAACCUACCUCGAAAUCCCCCCGCGGUCCCGUCGCAGUCGCCUACAUCAAUUACACCCUUGAGAAUUACACAUCUGCCGAAGACAAAGCCUCAAGAUGGGUCCAACGAUUACUAGCCCGCUCCUACGGACACUCGCAACGAAACAAGAGAAUAAAACUCCUAAUCAACCCAUAUGGUGGUGUGGGAAAGGCGGAGAAGCUGUACUCAAAAGAGAUCGAGCCCAUUUUUGCUGCUGCACGUUGUGAAGUUGACGUUGAGAGAACCACCCAUUCCGGCCACGCCACAGAAAUCGCCGAGAGGUUGGAUAUCAAUGCCUUUGAUGUUCUGGUCAGCGCCUCAGGAGAUGGACUUCCCCAUGAAUGCUUCAAUGGCUUGGCCAAGAAGCCCAACGCUGCUGAGGCGUUGAGAAAGGUGGCUAUAGCUCAGCUGCCAUGUGGUAGUGGUAAUGCUAUGUGUUGGAAUCUGAACGGCACCGGAGAAUGCAGUACGGCCGCAUUGUGUAUUGUCAAGGGCAUUCGCACACCUAUGGACCUAGUCAGUGUCACUCAAGGCGACAAAAGGACACUGUCAUUUCUUUCCCAAUCCCUGGGAAUAGUGGCCGAAAGCGAUCUGGGCACCGAGAAUGUUCGUUGGAUGGGCGAGUCAAGAUUUGUAUACGGAUUUCUGAUCCGUCUCCUCGGAAAGACACUCUAUCCCUGUGAUAUUGCCGUCAAGACUGAGAUCGAAGACAAGCAAGAAAUAAAACGACAUUAUGCUCGUGAAAGAGCCAAAGCACAGAUACCCACUUCCAUCUCUCGUGCAGAUCUCGACACUCCCCUCGAUGCCUCUACCAAUCUCGGUCUCCCUCCUUUACAAUACGGCACAAUCAACGACCCUUUACCAAUUGGAGAUGGGUGGUCACCCCUGACACAUUACCACAACCUGGGUAAUUUUUAUUGUGGAAACAUGAACAUAAUGUCCGCCAAUGCACCCUUCUUCCCGGCAUCGCUUCCUUCGGAUGGCCUCUGCGACCUUGUCACGAUAGACGGAGAUGUAUCACGUCUCACAUCUCUUGACCUUCUAAUGUCCGUCGAAAAGAACACCUUCUUCGACAAGGACGUGGUGCGCAUUCGCAAAGUAAAGGCUGUUCGUCUCAUCCCUAAAUUUGGUCGACACGUGCAGAAAAGUGAGAACACGGAUCGACAAGGCCGCUUAGGGCAACUACUGGAUCGCUGGGGCGUUUCUGGUGAAGGUCGGAAUGCUAACCGAGAUGGCGGCUACUUCAGCGUUGAUGGUGAACAACUCCCAUUCGAACCAUUUCAAUUGGAGUGUCAUAAAGCGCUUGGCACUGUGCUGAGUAGACAUGGCGGUGUCUAUGAAGUCGAUGGACCCAAAGGCUGGGACACCAUAGAUAUAAGUGGUGAUGAACGCGGUAAUUCCUUACCGAGAUAG